AUGGAUCUCAUCCCCCAGCUCCGAAGAGCCAUCCUCGCCCAAUCUCUCCCCCCACCAUCACAAACCCUCCUCACGACACUCACAUCUCGCUCUCCCCCGCCGCCAAUCCCGUCUCUUCUCGCAACAGCAAAAGCUCGCCUCCUCGCCUCCGACCUGACAAACACAUCUGGCACCGUCGUCGACCCUUCAUUGCCCGUGUUUCCGCCAAAUAUCGAUUUAGCUACCGUUCAGGAAUCUACAAUUUCUCAAAACACGCACGUUCAGGUGCUCGAUAUUGAGAAUCUGAGUUUGAGUCGUUGGGAACAAGUCGAGGAGCUUGAGGCCAUUGAGAGAGGCGAACGGACGCGCGGACGACAAGUUAUUCGGGUGACUGACGAAGAGAACGGCGAGGUUGAUGGAUUGUCUUCUACUGCGGGACAGACGCAAGCUUCUCGUGCUGGUGGUGCGGCGGCUUCAGGGGGAGCGAAUGCCGUGCAUAGGUUGGUAUUGCAGGAUGGACGCGGCAAGAAAGUGUUUGCAGUGGAAUUAAAGCGCAUAAGCGGGAUCGGGAUAGGCAAGACGCACAUUGGCGAGAAGAUUCUGCUCAGGGCCGGCGCGGCGGUGGCGAGAGGGACGGUGUUGCUGACGCCGGAGAACUGCACGCUGCUUGGAGGCAAGAUUGAGGCCUGGCACGAGGCGUGGAUGGAGGGAAGAUUGGCGAGGCUGAGGGAGAGUGUGGGAGCGGACCGGCCGCAGUGA